UGCAAACAGCUGUGGUGACGUUUAAAUUCACGAGAUUAUGGCGCGAAGGUGCAGAUGUUGACGGUCUGAAGGGGGAGAAGAAAAACUCUGGCUGAGGGCUGCUCUUCAAACGGAAGCACUUGACGUAUCAAAAAAGCAACCAUUCUGCUGAAAUGGAAAUCUGCGGAGACUUUGAAGUGAAGGAGCUUAACAAGCGUGCUUCAGGGCAAGCAUUUGAGGUCAUCCUGAGCCCUUCGACCUCAGAUGUCAAGGGCGAAUUUGUAUUGUCCCCUCUGAAGAAAAAGGAAACAUCACUCGAUGAGAUUAAGAAGAAACUGGAAGCUGCAGAAGAGAGGCGUAAGAGUCAGGGAGCUGAAGUGCUGAAACACUUGGCCGAGAAACGAGAGCAUGAGAAGGAGGUCAUCCAAAAGGCCAUGGAGGAAAGCUGUAACUUUAGCAAGAUUACACAAGAGAAAAUCAAUCAGAAAAUGGAGGCAAACAAAGAGAACCGCACUGCACGGAUGGCAGCUCUCAAUGAGAAAUUCAAGGAGAAGGAGAAGAAGCUUGAAGAAGUGAAGAAGAACAAGGCAACAAAAGAAAGGGAGAAUUAAUUUGUUUGUGAUCUGGCAAACAGCUGUUACAUCUCUAAAAAUAAGCUGUACUUUUAACUGACACUUCAGUGCUAUUGUGUCGGGUUAAUUCUGAUUAUUGUUAAGUCAAAGUUGGUUAUACAAUGUUGGACUGGGUGUGGAUAUAGUAUGAUUUCUUUGUCACUUGUAGCUUUCUUAUUGGCAGCUCAUUUCACAGUAGUUUUUGUUAUAUAACUAAAUUUUUUUAUUAAGAGGCAUUUCAUUGUUAGGAAUUUAGUCCUUUUACCUCAUGCUGAAGAAAUACAUUUUUUUAGUUUUUGAUACCGUUGUAAAUUUGAAUACACUGUAUAUUUGAUACCAAAAUUGGACCAUUAAAUUCUGUAUUCACUAUUUAA